AUGGAAAAACCUAUCAAUUCCACGGAUACGGAUAUCCUGAUGACAGCAGGAACGGCUACCAAGGUAACCAUUUACGUUAUCAUCAUGAUAACUGGCAUCAUUGGUAAUGGCAUGGUCUUCGUUGCCAUUGGAACGUUUCAUACCUUGAGGACAGUAUCCAACCAGUUCGUACUGUCGCUUGCAACAGCCGAUUUCACCGUAUCUCUGGUAAUCUUGCCCUUCUCGGUCCAGGAAGCCUACUACAAGGCAUGGUACCUUGGGGAGAUCCUCUGCAGGUUCUGGAUUGCAGGGGAUGUCCUCUUCGUGACCAUCUCUAUCUUCAAUCUGGCAGCGAUUUCCAUCGACCGGUACCGCUCUAUCAAGAACCCGCUGAAGUACUCUCUGAAGCGCACCAACCGGAUGGCUUACAAGCAAAUCGCCGCGGCCUGGUUGCUUUCGCUUCUGGUCGGCGUCCCUCCGUUCUAUUUUGCCGCAUUCCAUGACGGCAUGUGUUACCUCCAGCUCAAUCCGUACUUCAUCAUCCCUGCAACCACAAUAGGAUUCUUCCUGCCUCUGGCCGUAGUGCUCUAUACGCAUACGCGCAUCUUCGGAAUUGCCAAGAAACUCGCAACGCGCGUGGGCCAAGGUCCCGGAACCGCUUCAGAAGGCACCGGAAGUGAUCCGACCCGUAGACAGCAGAGCGCUGUCAAGAGGCCAACAUCACUAGCUGUAACGAAAGCUUGUGAUAGCCGAAUCAAUGACGACGCAGUCUCGGUAGCUGCAAGACCGACUCCAAGCGGUGUACAGCAGCCAGAGUUUGGUAAACCCAUCACCAACAAGAUCUCCGUUAGGCGGGAAAGAAAAGCUGCUCGCACGGUUGCCAUAGUGAUAGGAGUCUUCACCGUCUGUUGGAUGCCUUUCUUUGUGGCCAUUUCGGUGGCUUCUGUCUGCACCUCCUGCGAUCCUCAAUCAUUCCCGCUCCAGGUUUUGACUUUUAUGGGUUAUGCGAAUAGUGCUGCCAACCCGAUCAUCUAUACCAUAUUCAACAAGGAAUUCAGACAGGCUUUCGGGAAAAUACUGCGCUUAUUCUGCAAGACACUCGAUAGCUUGGUGCUGCUGAAAGACAAAUCUGUGAAGCCGAAGAAGCAUCAUUAUGGACAGAGGUUGAAAUGGGAUUUUAAUCUACAGUAG